CGAAGAGGCAGCAUCUGAUCGUAUCUUCCAUUCCAAAUGCAAACUUUUUUUUCCUCUUUCUUAUUUUUUGGUUGCUAGACAUAUGAUUAUUCAAUUCAAGACGAGCCUCCCCAGUACAAUAAAAAAUCCAUGGCCCUAGCACCUCCCCCUCCCUACUGCUUUCAUGAUCCCCUUCAUCCCCAAAAGAUCAAUCAUCAUAAUUUCUUAGCUAGCCCAGAGAAAGGAGACUGAAAGGGGGGAUCGACAAAGGGAAAAGAAAGAGAGAAAAAGGAAGCAAAAGGGGAGGCCCUAAGAAAGGAAGUGAAAAAGGCUUCUCUAAUAGAAAAAAGGAGAGACCCGGAAGGAGGAGAAGAGUGAAGAAGGAGGAGAAGAGUGAAGGAGAAGGACAAUGGAACGUGAGGAAGAAGAAGAAGAGGAUCAGCUCAUAAUGAUGACGAUCGGUCGCAGCAUUAGCCCAGAAGAUCAAGACCACCCCACAUUCGAACCGAGCUGGAAACUUUACGAGAACCCCUUUUUUAUUUCCCCACACAAUCAUCAACCUCAUAACCAACAUCACCAUUCAUCAGCUUAUCAUCGUCGUCAUCUUCUUCAUCUCCCUCUGUCUAACUCUCGCAAGAUUGCUUCUUCUUCUAUCUUGGAUCUCGCCUUCUUGAGAGCUUCCAUGGACUCCGAGCUCCAGCUCCUCCGCGCCCAGAUCAAGGACGUGAGGUCCGAGCUCGAGCAUGAGCGCAAGGCCCGCAAGAAGGUCGAGCACGUGAACAAGAAGCUGGGAAAGGAGCUAGCCGAAGAGAGGCGGGGGCGGGAGGCUCUAGAGCGGGUCUGCGAGAAGCUCGCGAGGGAGGUGUCCUCCGACAAGGCCGACAUCGACCGGAUGAAGCGCGAGAUGGAGGAGGAGAGGAAGAUGCUGAGGCUCGCUGAGGUCUUGAGGGAGGAGAGGGUCCAGAUGAAGCUUGCCGAGGCUAGGGUUUUGCUGGAGGAGAAGAUUCAAGAACUCGAGAGAGCUGGACGUUCCACCAAGCAUGGAGGGCCAAGUGAUUAUGAAGAUGAUCGCGUCGAGUUGGUGUCGAGGAAAAUCGGCAGGAUUUUGUUAUUCGGAGACCGGUCGAAGAGUCGGCUGGUCCUGAGCGAGAAGAAGUCGACUUGCAUCGACGACAAUGUCGUUGAUCAUUUGACUACGAGAGACGAUUCAUCGUCGGGCCAUGGUGUGGCUUCAAUGAGAGAGACAGCGCCGGGCGACAAUUGUGACCGCGGGUCCAGUGUCAAAGAGCCCAACAAGGCGGGCUCAAUUAGCGGGAAAGCAUGCGGUGAUCACGACAAGAUCGGGGCGGUCUCAGCAGCAGGAGUGGGUCAAUGGAGGCCGUCGCCGGAGCCGGAGAACCCGCACAUAAGGAGAGGGAUCAAAGGGUUCGUCGAGUUCCCGAGGGUGGUGCGGGCGAUCGGGUCAAAGAGCAGCCGGCAUUGGGGAACGAAGCUGGAGUGCCAAAAGGCUCAGAUCAGGAUUUUGCUCAAGCAGAAGAGUGCACCAGCUGCAGCUAGAUCCAAUAGUCUCAUUUGGAGCUAGACGACGAUGGUCAACCGGUGAUCAAAACACAUAAUUGACCAGGUUCUUAUGAUUGGGUAAAUUUGAUGAAUUUUUUUUCAUAUCUUUUUCAAUUUUUUUUUCCUUGUACAAGAUUUGUUGUUUUCGGUUAGUGUAUCUGCUGAAAGUGGGUUACUACUGCAAAUGUUGAGAUGGCUAUGGUCAAUGCUGAAUGUGAAUACUUUAUUGUUUUGUUUCUUGGAA